AUGGAUCCGAAUCAACAAGCAGGUCAACCUUCUUCAUCAACAAAAGUAGAAAGAAAGAUUAUUGAAAAAAAUAGGAGAAAUAAGAUGAAGAGUCUCUAUUCCAAACUCAACUCUCUUCUUCCUAACUACAAUCCCAAGGAAGCUUUACCACUACCUGAUCAAAUAGACGAUGCUAUAAACUACAUAAAUAGUUUAAAGACAGAUUUGAAAUUGGCGAAGGAGAAAAAAGAAAGUUUAAUGAGAAGGAAGAGAUCACGUAGUGGCUGUUCGAGUUCUUCUGGAGCAAAAGGAAGCAUAAAAUCACCAAAUAUUGAGAUCCAUGAAAAUGGUUCUUCGUUACAAGUCAUUGUAACAUGUGGGGUUGAUGAUAAGUUCAUUUUCUAUGAAAUUCUAAGAAUACUGCAUGAAGAUCACGUUGAGGUCAUCUCUGCAAAUUCUUCAUUGGUAGGAGAUUCGGUUAUUCAUGUUGUGCAUGCAGAGAAUCUGCAAUCAUUGUUUCAAUUUGGAGCCACUAAUGUAGGUGAGAGAUUGAAAAGGUUUGUGAAAGGAUCUGUGAGAGAGAUGCAAAUAAUAGAGCCUCAAUUGUGGGAUUUUGAGAUUGGAAAUGAGACUUGGGAUCUAAAUGCUGUAGUAAACAAGUGUUUACCAAAUUUGCAAUGA